GACGAGAUCCCUCAUCUCGUUAUAUUACCCAAAUCAAGAGGGCAUAUAUGGAAACACAGAAGAAUAAUGCAAAACAGCAAAAGCAAAUUGAGCUGAACGGAGAGUAGCAGACCGGGACAGAACCCAAACCAACCAAACCACAACCAACGGCCGAACCGAAAGGAAGAAAGGAAUGGGGGAAAACCGGAAAAGGGAACUCUCAUCAUCAUCAUCCUCCCUAUCUCUCUCCUCUUCUCUUUCUCUCUCAUCGGCCGAAGGAGAAAACAAAAACAAAAUAAAAAAAUUUAGAAAGGAGGAGGAGGAGAGAGAGAGGGGAAAGGAAAGAAGGGAAGGUGGUGGUGGUGGGGGAGAGAGCUGGAAUCACAUGGUCUUGUUCUUCUUCCUUCUUCUUUGUCUUCGUCUCUCUCUCUCUCUCUCUCUCUUCCAUUCCUCCUCGUCGGCUCACCACUACACAAACUCUUUCCCUCCAAUGAUCUCCCUCUUACUGAUAUCGACUAAUUGACUGCCGACUCCCUUCUCUCUCUCUCUCUUCAUCUCACCAGCCAUGGCUGCUCCGGCCGACGAUAAGGAGAUUUCUGCCCAUGGCAAUGAUCCAGUCACGGGGCACAUUAUUUCCACCACAAUUGGGGGUAAAAAUGGAGAACCAAAGCAGACCAUCAGUUACAUGGCAGAGCGCGUUGUGGGGACUGGAUCGUUUGGUAUUGUUUUCCAGGCUAAAUGCUUGGAGACUGGGGAGACCGUGGCAAUUAAGAAAGUUCUACAGGACAGAAGAUACAAGAACCGUGAAUUGCAGCUGAUGCGAGUGAUGGAUCACGUCAAUGUGAUAUCCCUGAAGCAUUGCUUCUUCUCCACAACAAGCAACAAUGAGUUGUUUCUCAACUUGGUCAUGGAAUAUGUACCUGAAAGCAUGUAUCGGGUUCUAAAGCAUUACAGCAAUGCAAAACAGGCGAUGCCACUUAUUUAUGUCAAACUUUACGCAUACCAGAUUUUCAGAGGAUUGGCAUAUAUUCACAAUGUUAGUGGAGUUUGCCACAGGGAUUUGAAGCCUCAAAAUGUUCUGGUUGAUCCCCUCACUCACCAGGUGAAGCUUUGUGAUUUUGGGAGUGCAAAAGUGCUGGUGAAAGGUGAAGCAAACAUAUCCUACAUCUGCUCACGAUUCUAUCGAGCUCCUGAACUUAUAUUUGGAGCCACAGAGUAUACUACAUCAAUUGAUAUUUGGUCAGCUGGCUGUGUUCUUGCUGAGCUUCUUCUUGGCCAGCCAUUGUUUCCUGGAGAAAAUGCAGUAGACCAGCUUGUUGAGAUUAUUAAGGUUCUGGGCACUCCGACUCGAGAAGAAAUUCGCUGCAUGAACCCUAAUUAUACGGACUUCAGGUUCCCACAGAUAAAAGCCCACCCUUGGCACAAGGUUUUCCACAAAAGGAUGCCCCCAGAGGCGAUUGAUCUUACCUCUCGGCUGUUGCAAUACUCGCCAAGUCUUCGCUGUACAGCUUUGGAAGCAAUUGCCCAUCCAUUCUUUGAUGAACUUAGAGAUCCUAACGUUCGCCUACCAAAUGGCCGACCUGUGCCAACUCUCUUCAAUUUUAAGCAGGAGCUAAAUGGGGCUUCUCCUGAACUGGUUAACAAGUUGAUCCCAGAUCACGUCAAGAGGCAAAUGGGUCUAAACUUUAUGGCUGGAACCUAAUGUGGGUUAGGAGUGGGGUGGUGAAAUGAAUUCAGUAGUGUAUCUGCCGGUGGUUACCCCUGAGAUAACACGGCGGGGGCUUGUUAGCUUCAAUGUUUCGACAAAUGGUACUCACAGCUCUGCCUAACCCAGCACCAUUUCUUUCUCCCUCCCGCCUAGGCCUGAACAGGAUCAAUGGACAAACAGCUGAAUGAAAGGAAAGCUGGCAAUGUUUCAUUCUUCUUCUCCACGUUUUUUCUCUUUCCGUGUCGAUCAUCUCCAUUUUACUUGUAUGCUCUGUUCUGUUCUAUUUUUUUCUGUCUGUAAAUGUUUGAUAGUAAAAGUAGCCUUUAUAUAGCAUGGGUAGCAGCAGCAGAGGUAAAACAAUGAGCUUUUGAGAAAGUGUACUUGUAACUAGGAUGAAGAAAGGCCCCCUGAAUUUGGGAUGGCCCUAAGGAGCUGGGGGAAGAAGAAGAAGAAGGUACUGUUCAUUGGUGGGUAGGUUGGAGAAGGGUGGUGCUCGUUUGUUUUGGUAUUUUCUGGUUCUUCCCUGCACUGUUGUUUCUCCUCUUUUGUAUUCUGUUCAGUGACUUGAGAACAUGCAACAGUUUGUCACACUGUCUCGUCCCCAGACUCUUUCUGCAAAAAAAAAGUGUAAUGAAUCAUUAUUAUUAUUGUUUCUUCUUCUGUUCAUAGUGUUCAUUACUUCGUUGUAUCUCCAUUUCAGUAGCUGUUCAUAGUGUUCAUUGUAUCUCCAUUCUCCAGUUACCUACUUUGGGAAUGGCGGGUAUGGAAGAGUGGUGGGGUUGUUGUCGGUACAGCCAUGUGGCGGGGAUUUCAAGGGCGUUGAUUCCUUCAACAAAGUGUAGCGGAAAUCGGCGGUCGUAAAGCAAGCAAGCAAUCAAUCAAUCAUCUUCUUGGGGGGCCGGUAAGCAAUUGAAUUUGAUAUGGUUGAAGUUAGUGGGGGGGAAGAGACAAGGAGACCAUCUCUGUCAUUUCCCGGAAUCUGGAGACUUUCUUUUAAGCUCUUUUUAAAAACAGCUAAUACUCUGGUCUUAUCAUCCUAAAAAAAUCACAAUUGUUUAAACUUUAAUCCAAGAAUCAGGGUAAAUUAAUUCAUCAAUAAUCAAAAUAGUGACGCAGCAGCUGGAUGACAAUUGCGCUCCAGAGGGAAGUUCUCUUCAAUUACUAAGCCUUGUCUCUUGACUAAUGUGGAAUGCUUCCUUCGAAAAAGAAGAAGAAAAAAAAAAAAAGAUUCCAGAAAAUAGCAGUUAGAAUGUUGCGGGAAAGAACUGCAUUCAACCAACAAAAAACAAUGUCAUUUUACUGCUUACGACAGCCCUCACCUGCCGCGCUUCUCCCAAUCCUUUCUGGUUUUCCUGGAAUCUGGUUGGGCAGUAGCAGUCAUGGUCGUUGUAAUGGUCAAUGUCGAGCAGUGAAGAAAGAUCAUAACAAUAUCAAAUCCCUCCUCUCCCACCUUUUGAUUGCUUUCCCCAUUUCCCUCUCUUUUCAUUUAUAUCCCCAAGAGGGAAUUACAGAGUUUCGGUGAUCAAAAGCUCAGCAAACAGGUUUUGUAGUAGCUUAUGGUUCGUUUGUUGUGUAUUAGUGGCGCAUUGAUGGCGAAUAGGCAGGGAUUUGAAGGGGGUGUUUUGAUCCGUCCGAGUUAGAAAAGGCUACCGAGUUGGCGUUGCAAUGCACUCAAUCCCACCCUGCUCUGCGGCCGAAGAUGUCAGAAGUGUUGAAGGUUCUUGAAGGUCUCGUAGGGGCAGUUAGGCGUCGAGGAGCCACAAGCUGGAGGGUCGAAUGCCCUACGAGGCAAGGCCUUUCAGUUUCUCUGAGGCACCACGGUGAUAUCCAUGAAGCUUCUUCCUUCAUCAUUGAAGCAAUGGAGCUUUCAGGACCAAGAUGAUUAGGUGUCGCAUUUCGCUUCCCCUCCUUUUUUUCAGGAUGGAGAUGUAAAUGAACUUUUUCUGCAGACGUAGAAAUCCUUGUUGCUUGCGGAUUGCUGUGUACAAAAUGGUCACAGGUCAAAGGAUUGCUAGGGGGAAGGUGCAAUUGAGAGACCCUAUAGUUUAUAGGGAUUAUUUCCCUAAAUACAGUCAUAAUUAAAAAUAAUUAUCAGAAUACAUAACUUUUACAAAAAAAUUCCAAACUAUCAAAGUUUGACACGGUUCGAGUUCAGUAAACUCGAAAUACAUCAUAGAACGACGAUUAAGAACUCGAUCCACAAUCAAAUCGAGUUUUUAAAACUCGAUCACGAGUAGAUCGAUUUUUCAUGACUCGAUCUAGCAGAAUCGAUGACAAAGGACUCGAUCUAACCAUAUCGAUUUUUAAAAACUCGAUCUAAAUUGAUCGAUGCCAUAAAAAACGAUCAAUAAAAACGACUUUAGAAACCUCGAUCUGUAUAUGCACCAGAUUGAUGCCUUGUGACUCGAACAGAGUGGAUCGAUUGGCCUGGCCUCGAUCUACUGUUCAAUUAUCGCCAAAGCACUUUCCCCCGACAUGCUUCAGGAUAGGGUUGCAGGGAUAAGAUUCUUUGUUGUAUUGGAUCGAGUUGUUUGAACUCGAACUACACUAGUUCGAUUGCCCUAGACUCGAACCACUGCCCAAUUUUUCUACCAAGUCGCUUUCGGCCCGACAUGCUUCAGAAUAGGGUGCAGGGAUAAUAUUUUAUUGAUUGUAUAUGAUUGAGUUCUUUGGACUCGAACUAUGGUAGUUCGAUUACCUAGGCCUUGACCCACUACAUCAGUUUACGAAAAUAAUAAAAGCAAGCACUCAGCACAUUCUUGCUACUCAUAUACUUUCUAUCUUCUUUCUUCCAAACACAAACUGCAGCAGCUGAAGCACCAUAGUUGAGCAAAGAAGAAAAAUUUCGGAGGUAAGUUCUGCUUAUGUUGUUGAAUGAGCAUAUUAGAAUUUUGGAUUAAUUUAGUAUUGUUUGAACUAUAUGUAAUGGGCUGCUUCUAUAAACUGCAGAAAUGGGU